AUGUGUAUGGAUAAGUUACUGGUUUUCAGAAGGGAAAUGCAACAGUGGAUCAAUCUCAAGGCAGUCCACCAGCAUUUUCGUGAAUGUGGUGUCAAAAUACGGGAGCAUAAGUGUUCUUUAAUGAAUGUGAGCAAGUUCCAUUCUUACAUAAGUCUUCUCGCUUAUUGGAGCAGUUUACCUACUGAGUGUGGCAACAAUGUUUGCUUCGUUGUGCAACUUUGUGAAGGAUUGUCAUUUGAAAUUCUCAUCGAAGCAGCAGCAGUCCUUAGAACAAUAUGAAAGCCCUCCGAAAUGUCAAAAUGUUCACGUACUUUGAUGCAACGAAGUUGCUGCGCCUCAAGUGCAACACAUCUACGUAUAAGUAGGAGCGGUGCCCCCUCGUUUUCAUCAGCCAAUAAAAAUCAAAAGCAGCUCCACCCUUUGUAGUUUACCACCGUCCUUCUCUCCCGCUCUUUACCUUGACGCUCGGCCCUCCCAUUGGCUGAAUGACAUGUGUCCUCACUUGCCUUUUGGUUGCUUGUUUUUUUGCUUCCGCCGCCUUCAAGGUGCCAAACAUUGCGAGCGGCGUAUGCAGAAACCACGUUUCGCACCUCCAUUGUGCUUUUGUACGAAUUUAUAUGUUUGCAAUGCUGCAUUGCUGUGCCUUUGGUUGCAGCACAAGUGAAAGGGAUGGCACGCAACUAUUCUGUAUUUCAUCUGCCAAGCGAGAUGCAGCACAGAGGGAGGUCUGGCUUCAAUGAAUCAGCUGGGGUGAUUUCAACCCAAUGCAAUGGUCUCAGCUCUCUGAGGUAGGCGAGCGAUUCUUUGCUCAUCACUAAUCUCAUAUGCUGCCAUUUGUUGUACGCGGCUACGUUAGUUUUUCUUUCUCCUAAGUGCCGCAUGUUCUCACUGCAUUUGCGACUUUCUUGCCCGACUUCAAUCAAGUAGUCUUCAAACGCACAUGCUUUUUGUCGACUCAGUCAGACAUUUCACGCGCAGUCUUUGCUUGGCCUGAAUGUAUGCUAACAGCACCUUUUGAGUGUAUCGCCGUUCGUUAAAAAUAGGUGGCGGUACGUAGGCACACAGGUGCGCUUAUUACAUUCCAAUCAUUAUAAGCCGUUAUUUCUCUUUAGCACCUUAUCCACCCACGUCAAACCGUUAUGAAGUGUGACGAAAUGUACUGCGGCGAUGGCAACACUGCGGGGACCGUACCUUGAAAACAAUCUGCAAUGCCGACAAAGAGUGCCGAGCGCUGGCAUAGCUACGUGCUUUGUGUUCUCACUGCUUGCUUAGCGUUGGACAGAGAUGCAUGGAGAGCGUCUGCUAGUUUAGCGCCAGGUAGGGAAAGCCACGGUCGACAGAACAGAGAGUGAAGGCUAGCACAGGUGGAGAGAUGGCACUAACUUUAUUUCAUUUAGGGGAUUUACCAUUGUGUUGCCAGCAUAGACAAACCUAUAGGGUUCUGUCUCCAAACACUGGUCCAAGCUGAACGAAGUACACAGAUGAAGCAGAAGUCCUUAGAAUUUUCUUUUGGCAUAACCAAGUUAUGCGAAGCCACGGUAUGUGACAUAGGUUUGUUUCAUCAUUGUAUAGUGGGACACACCUACUGUGCAUACAGAGUGAACCUAGUUGGCAUUGAAGCGACUCAUUCGAGACCAGUACUGAGCUUGUUGUACAUACGCAGUGCUCCAAGUUGGCAUAAAGGAGUUUCUUCAAACAGCAGUACCGACCCAGUUGCGUACCUACCGCGACCUGUGACAUCGUAGAAGAGGUUCGUUCAAGAGCUACAUGUAUGUACUGUUACAAUCUGCCAGUGCGGUAUGUCACCUUCCAGCCUCUGCUGCCCUACUAUGAUAAAUCACUUGAGGUUCACAAUACGUUCCGUCGGACAGACCAGCGGCGACACCAAGGCAAAAUGCACUUGACAUCUAUGAGGUUGAUUUAUGGCACGACGCUGAGACCAAGAAACUCGUGGUAAAGUUUUUUAUUUGCAGAUUCAUUAUGGUCACUUCUGGGCCAUACCAGGAGCCAAGAUGCCCAAUUGCAGUCAAGUGUGACAACCCUGUCUACAAGGAUCCCUUUCUUUAGGACAGUGAGCCAUGCGCGCUCGGGGGCAUUUAUGUGAUGGCGUUCAGAUAAAUGUUCUGGAGUGAUCGUGCACACUCGCCGUCAAGGCGACUGCGAGCGCUCUGAUUGCAAGACGAUCUGACUGGGGAUUUCACUGGCCUAGGGAUCUAGGGAGGACAGAGGGGCUAAACGUGGAGGCCUGUGCUAUUCUAGUGUGCUCUGAUGUGUGCUCACCAAAAAGAUGUAGCCUUCUGAGCUGUAGCUCAUGCUAUGAUAACAAUAUACUGCACUCCGUGCUCCAGCCAGUACGAGUACCCCUUGUUCUAUGUAAAUAAGCUUCACUUUCCAAUGUAAAUAAACACUUCCAUUCCUAAUCCUUUCAACCUCGUACUCUUCACUAAAGAAGCAAUCCUUGCGAAGAGAACUCGGAUGAUGACAUGGGCCCGCUUGGCCUCGGUGUGACUCCCGUGUGUGACAUCCCACUUAAGUGAUCGGUAUGACGAUGCCAGAGGAAUUCAGUUGAGAAAAGGAGGGUACUUGACAACUCGUAAAUCGGUGUCAUCAGCCCUCCUUUUUUUUUCUUGUAAAGCUUUUAUGAACUCCUCUGUAUGUAACCUGCAUGUGUGAGUGAUCAUAGCUCCCAGACGUCUUAUUAAUGUAAGUCUGCAAAACAGUAAUCUGCGUUCAUAAUUAUCUUCUAUGGCACAGAAUUGCCAGAAUAUAGUGUUAUUUAUGCUGUGCUAUUUCUAAAUAUAUUGUUACAAAGAAUUGCGAAGAAGUGGUUUUAUUUACAGGAGAUGGACGAUGAUCAUAUCGUGAUCGUAGCGCAGCCCGGCCUCAAAACUCCGUUCUUUUCGUCUUCUCUUCUCUCUUCUUGUCCGUGCCUUUUGUAUCCGUUACAUUUUCCCGCAAGCAGAUGAAGCCCGUGAGGCGAGUCGGGAUGGACAAGCAGGGUAGAAAGGCUUCAGGCGAGCAAUAUGAGUCAGCUGAGUUCUGCUUGAUUGCUGACCAUUGCAUAGGAGGCGAGCUAUGAUGUAAGUGAGUUCGCUCAGGCGGUCCACAACUAAAAAUGGGUCUGAAUAAUGUGACAAGAACUUUUGGCACAAUCCACGCUUGCGUUGCGGUGUCCAAAGAAGGACCAAGUCACCUUUUUCCAACGAUACUUGUACUUGACGAUCGUCGUAUCACUCUUUCGAGCGACUUUGCGAGGCCAGAGUACGAAGACGAGCUAUUCGACAGGCUUCUUCGGCGAGACACAAUGUCUUCGAUACAGAAUCGUUACUGUGCAGUACGAAGGGUAAGAAAGUGUCUAGAGGGCUUCGCGGUAACCUUGCAUACAGGAGAUGAAAUGGGAUAUAGUUCGUGGUUUCGUGUUUCGCCGUGUUGUAUGCGUAAGUGAUGAACGGAAGCAUGUCAUCCCAGUUCUUAUGAUUGGAGGAGACGUACAUUGCAAGCAUGUUGGUCACCAUUCUGUUCGUCCUUUCAACGAAGCGAUUGGUCUGUGCAUGGUACGGCGUGGAAUGACGGAACUGUGAAGUGGACAAACGAAGUAACUCUUCAAUGGCAUCAGCAGUGAACUGGCGACCACGGUCGCUGAUGAUGACACGUGGUGAGCCAUGACGAAGGACCACGGAACGCAGCAGGAAGACCGCCACGCAAGCAGCGGUGGAAGACGGUAUGGCGGCAGUUUCUGCAUACCGUGUAGGAUGGUCUACGCAGACAAUUAUGCAACGGUUCUUGUUGUUAGAUAACGGGAAUGGACCCAAAAGGUCUAUGCCUACUUGCUCGAACGGCAUGCUGGGCGGUGUCAACGGCCGAAGGGGACCCGAGGCUGCGGUGGUCGGUCGCUUGUGACGUUGGCACGUCUCACAACUAGCGACAUAGCGCUUGGUUGUUUCGUACAUCUUGGGCCAGUAAAAGCGCUCCUGCGUGCGGUGCAGCGUUCGUACGAAGCCGAAAUGCCGGAUGUCACAUUGUCAUGCAUGGCGCGUAGAACGUCGGAGCGGAGACUCUCGGGGACAACAAGCAGAAAACGCACUCCAUGCCCGGACUAAUUAGUUUUGUAGAGCAAUUUAUCACGGACAGUAAAGCGACCGCUGCCUUUAGAAGUACGGGCGGCAACAAAAAGCAGAUCGAGGGUAACAUAAUUCCAUUGUUCUCGUUGAAAGUCUGCCGUGUCAGGGAACGUAGAAGUAACAGCAGCGAGACGGUCGUCAAAAUUCUCAGCAUCGCACUCGGUAGUCGCAAGAGGAAUCCGAGAGACGCAGUCUGCGUCAGCAUGACGACGGCUACUCUUGUACGAUACCACAAAGUCGUAUUCCUGGAGGCACAGCGCCCAACGUGCGAGGCGACCAGAGGGAUCACGCAAACCGACCAGCAAGCAUAAAGAAUGAUGGUCGGUGAUAAUCUUGAAAGGUCUACCGUAAAGGUAACACCGAAACUUUUGUAUGGCGAAAACGGUUGCCAGGCAUUCCUGUUCCGUAACCGUAUAAUUGCGUUCAGAUUUGCUCAGGCAACGGCUAGCAUAUGCGACAUGUUCUGCGCCACUGUGACGUUGUACAAGCACCGCUCCUAUCCCGAUUCCACUAGCAUCAGUGUGAACUUCAGUCGGACAAGAUGGAUCAAAGUGACGCAAAAGAGAUGCUGACGUUAGUAUAAACUUCAGUUGAGAGAAUGAUGCGUCACACUCUGGUGUCCAAUCGAAGGAUGCAUUUUGUUGCAAAAUAUUUGUCAAUGGGUAAACGAUGUCGGCAAAUUGGGGAACAAAACGACGAAAAUAUGAACAUAGGCCAAUGAAUGAGCGGAGUUCUCGUGCUGACUGCGGUGGUUUGAAGGAGCUCACCGCUUCAAUCUUAUGAGGAUCGGGUCUGACGCCAUCCUUGUCGACUAAGUGUCUCAGGACCAGUGUUUGACGUUCGCCGAACCGACACUUCUUUUAGUUUAGAACCAGUCCAGCUUUCUCAAUGCAGUCGAGAACGAGGCUGAGGCGUUCGUUAUGUUCUUCAAACGUGCGGCCAAAUAUUACAACAUCGAGGUAACACAUAAAUAUCUCCCACUUAAGACCACAUAGUACUGUGUCCAUGAAUCUUUCAAAGGUAGCAGGAGCAUUGCAAAGGCCAAAAGGCAUAACAUUGAAUUCGAAUAUGCCAUCUGGAGUCACGAAAGCAGUCCUUUCCUUGUCGGCAGGGUCCAUAGGUAUUUUCCAAUACCCCAAUCGCAAAUCAAGUGUUGCGAAGUAAGAAGCAGCGUGUAAGCAAUCAAUGACGUCAUCGAUUCGCGGUAGUGGAUAGACAUCCUUCUUCGUCACUGCGUUUAGAUGUCUGUAAUCCACGCAGAAUUUCCAGGAGCCAUCCUUUUUCGCACCAGGAUUACUGGGGCUGCCCAUGGACUAGACGACUCUUGAACGACACCUUUGUUCAUCAUUUCCUUGACUUGCUCUGCAAUAACUUUGCGCUCGGACGAUGACACUCGGUAGGGCUUCUGGCGGAUGGGGUGUGCUGAGCCGGUAUCUAUUCUGUGACGAGCGCGGGACGACGGUAAAUGAAGGGCUGCAUCUCCAUGCGUGAAGUCGAAUGCAGCCUCAUGGCUGGCAAGGACCUGUACUAGUGCUUGCCGUUCCAAUGUACCAAGAGCCUUGCUGAUCAUGCCAAGCAUUAGCUCUUCAGAAUGGCGAUUAUCGCAAGAAGACCAAGCUGUAGAGACGUCCGUAGUUAGUGCCGCUAUUGAGCUACAUGCGGCUUUAUCGAAGAGAGCGAUUUUCAUACCGCGAGGAAGGACAAUCGGCGUGGCGGAACAGUUCAGCGUCCACAAUGUGGCGACUCCUUUCGUCAUGCACACGACAGAGCAGGGCACAAGUAUAUCUUUUUUAGCACCGUUUAUUCGGAGAGGCCCAACUACAAGGUCAACACAGUCAGUAUCAACAGUAGUUGCCGAAACACGAACGGGCGUCAGGCAUCACGAUGGUGCAAUCACUUCGUCAAAAACACUGAGUGUGUCUGUGUCCCUGUCUUCCCCACCCGCGCUUUGUUCAGAAUGUGCUGAUAUAAAUAACUUGUUCAAUGAUAUUUCGCCACAACCACAGUCCACGGAAGCGCCGCACUGUUCAAGAAAAUCGAUACCAAGAAUAACAUCGUGCGAACAACGUGAAAGAACAAGGAAUUCCGACACAAACACUUUCCCAGCUAACAAAACACUCGCAGCACAAACACCAAGGGGAUGAAGCCACUCGCCGCCUACUCCACGAAAGGUAAUACCGUCGUUCCAAGAAAACAUAACUUUGUGGCCUAGACAGUUUUUGAAAGCGAGGCUCAUCACAGACACAGUCGCCCCAGUAUCAACUAACGCCAUGGUUGGUAUUCCGUCAAUCGAGACAUUCACUUUGUUUUUGUACAUCACAACAGGCAGAGGUAUUUCUUGCAAAGACCGUCCGGCGACCACACCUCCAUUGGCCGCGGAUGCUAGUUUCCCGGCGGCGGUGAGGAGGAACGGCGCCGAGGGGACGGAGAGCGACCGGAACGCCUAUUUGGUGGCGUCAAACUCCGCUCAGAUGCUGGCGAAUCGCUGCGUCUCGUCUCGUGUGAGAAGUGAUCCCAUGGAAUCAAAUCGGUCGUCCGCCAGUCAUAUGAAGUACGGGUUCUGGGUGGCGAGAACAUCGAUGGUGUCCUACCUGAUUGACGGGCUUGGCGACAAUACCGAGCUAUAUGGCCUGUGGAACCGCAGUUGUAGCACACGGAAGGGUCGCGGUUCACAGCGUCUUCCUUGAAACGAAUGGUAGGCGGCUGCGGGCGGCGAGAAAGUUCGUUGUCAUGCGGAUAAUAUGUCUCUGUUGCUUGCUGAAAUCCGUUAUACAUUUCAAAAGUCGCGUCGUGGUAGUAGGGUCGGUGCUGUUCUUGUCGCGGCCUGACAGAAGUUGCAGGGCCUCUGGGAUAAAAACGUCGCUGCUCUCGUUGUGGCCGAGCGGCAUAAGUAGGGCCUCUGUCGUAGGGACGUGGCUGCUGUCGGGGCGAGAGUUCAUAAUCCCUAGUGCCCCUUGCCGCAGGAUACGGGGAGAAGGAUGCCACGUUUGGCUCAAAAUCUGGUGGUAGGCGGAGGCUAAUGAGUGCCUCGAUGUGUCACUUGCGCGUUCAGGCUGAGUUCCUCCCGAACUAUUUGUCGGAUCAUUGAUGCAAGAUCAAGGGGCAGGUUGCUGUCCACGCUUGCAACUGUCGUCACAUUAGCUAGCCUGCCAAACUUCGGCAUUAUGCGCCUCGUCUUUAGUUGCUCGAAAGUGCGACAGUGCCGAAUGAUGUCAGCGACGGAAGCCAGGUUGUCUUUUGCGAUGAGGAAAUUGUAAACAUCCUCGGCAAUUCCUUUUAGGAUGUGCCCGACUUUGUCUUCCUCGGACAUUCCAGACUCUACCAUCCUACACAGUUUUAUUACUGCCUCAAUGUAGGUCGUGCAGGUUUCGCCUGGCACUUGCGCACGUUGCAGUAGCGUCUGUUCUGCCCUUUUCUUUUUCAUCGCGGAGUCGCCGAAUCGAUCUUUGAUUUCCGAUACAAAUUUUCCCCAUGUUGUGAACGUUUCCUCGUGGUUGUUGAACGACAACAACGCAGUAUUCGUUAGAAAGAACACGACGUUCGAAAGCUGAGAGGCGCUGUUCCACUUGUUGGCGGCACUCACCCGGUGAUAAUGGAUGAGCCAUUCCUCGACGUCUUCGUCCGAUCUUCCAGCGAAGGGACGCGCAUCUCUCAGUUGCAGAACAGAACUUGUCGGGGCAGCAGUUGGAAUGGGCCGUUGUUCGUCUGCGUCGUGGGACAUAUUCAUCUCCGGUGGAUUCGGUGGGAGUCCAGCAAGGCGACGGCUCCAUCGAAGAACUUGUGGUUCAGCCUCCGUCUUCGGGUGUCGAUUACCCAGCACCUUCCACCACAACUGUUACGAAGAGUUGCGAAGAAAUGGUUUUAUUUACAGGUGAUGGACGAUGAUCGUAGUGUGAUCGUAGUGCAGCCCGGCCUCUCAAACCUCCUCGUUCUCUUCGUCUUCUCUUCUCUCUUGCCCGCGCCUUUCGUAUCCGUUACAAUAUCUUUUAUGUAAAUUAAUAACAGCAGUGGUACAAACACUCAAGCCUGCGGUACACCCGGAGUCACUUCGACUUGUUUAGCAUGGCAGGUGUGCAUAAUGACCCUAUGGAGCCCUAGGUGUAAAUAUUCUUUAAUCCAUGAAGUUACAUAGAUUUAUAUGUUAUACAAUUGCAUUUUUUUUAUCAGAUGGACAGUGUAAAAAGCGUUUUUAAAAUGUAUAACUACUCAGUGAACAGAGAAACAUUUAAGCAAUGAAUUUGCUAAAUCGUGCGAGUGCAGUGAAUUGUGUUAUGCAGGAAUACCCUUGCAAAAGCCAUUGUGUUCAAUAUUGAGUUAAAAAUAUCUGUUCAAGUGAUCCGUAAUAGAAAAAAAAAUGUGUUCAAGAGUCCUACAUAUUGCACUUGUUAAUAAACCUGCGCGGUAGUUCGUAACAAUGCUACAGAGGUUAGGUUUUAUCAGCAGCACAUAAUUUGCGGUUUUCCAGUCUUGAGGUGGGGCUAUUUCUUCUAGUGACCUUGUAAAAAUGAAUAUUUUUUCACUGAGAAUGCACUUGAACGACACUUUUGGUGUCGUCAAGCCUGCAGCUGUUACUCGCUUAAGGUUGCUGUGUACUUUUGGUGGAUUGCAGUGAUAAGGAGCCUGCGUUCCGUGGAUUUGCUAUCCAUUUCACAAUACCAAGGAUCAAAGUUGCCAUCUUGUGUGCAUACUUGAACACCAAGCUCAAAAAAGAAUUGAAGCAAGCAGCUUUCGCGAGAUUGUUGUCUAUUUACAGUCUUGAUCAAGGGGUGGAAUCAGUGACAUGCUCUCAACCGUUGCCUUUAAUGUACGUCCAUAAAGCUUUUUGAUUAUAUUUUAUGCAUCGGUAGCAUGUGUCGAAGAACAUUUUCUUCGCUUUUAUUAGUGCAUCCUGCAUUCUGAAGCAUUGAAGUUCCUGGGAUUCUAACGUAUCCUUAAAGGGACACUAAAGCGAAACCAUCAAUCAGUUGAGAGAAAGCAUUGUUUGAGAACCCUGCAGGCAGUCAUUUAAAAAUAAUAGUUUGAUUAUUAGAUGAGUAAAUGAAAGUCGAAGUAUCGGUAUUUGAAUUUUGCGCCGAAACCCCGACGCCGGUACAUCAGUGAGACGUCAGGGAUUCCAAAGUAUGUUUUCGCAUUACGACCGCGUUGGCUGAUUAAAGGUUCCUGAAACUUGCAAUGUUUAAUAUUUGGUUCCUUUAGAACACAAUGUUGUCAAUCUGUACCGCUAUAUAAUUAAGUAGGCCGUAGAAGAUUCCAUCAAAAUCCAUGACGUCAUAGCGACCAGGGGCAAGAACUUCAUGGAGGCGUGACCACCUGCCUUUCGCUCUUGCACUUUUUCUGGUGCCUUAUUGCACUUUUUCAAGUGCCUUAUUGUGGUUAGAGUGGUGUUUUUGGUGUCAUAGAAAGGUAAUUUACCGUUACAGAAGAAAUAAUUUUUCUCUUUAGUGUCCAUUUAAAUAUGCCAAAACUUUCUCAUGGUGAGCCAUAGCUUAACAGGAGCACUUUCAAUGAUCAAUGUGUUUAUAUUUUCCACCAACGUGCGCUUUGAACUCUCGCAACCAAACGCUUACGCUGUACGGUGGAGAUGCGUCGAAAGGUGGAGGGUAACAAACUGCAAACGGUGUCGGUUGGAGCCUUGGCCAAGCCUCGGCCAUUGUGUUCUUUGUCUCCCUGCCAAGCAGAGUGCUAUGGGACAUCGCGGAAAUUAUGGGAGUGAACCUCGGCUUACCUUGUUGCAGAUUCUCAAGCCUAUACACGAUUUUACGGAGAGAGCGGGGAUACUCUCGAACCAGGAGCACUGCGUUCGGUUCGCCGUUUCCGUUUCCGGCAACCCAGAGUGGCCCUCUUGCAUUGGGCUGUUAAAUUUGCUCGACAGAAGCUGACGCGUGCCUGUUUCAAUGUGUUUUCUCCUUUUUGCGUGCGCUGGUUAACAGUAGAGAUGCCUUUCACCACGCCUACGUCGUCCGGUCAGCACUGUGUAGUGGUGCGUUGUGGCAACAACCAGCGAAAACGAAAGAACAUCGCGGAUAGCGAAAAACACGCUGUGAAGAAGGAGCAAUGUGGUUGCGAUAUGUUUCUGUUGCACCGCUUCCCCGCGAACGUCGACUUGGCUCGUCAGUGGACUUCUCUGAUAAACAGGAAAGACUUCGUGCCAAACAGAAAUUCACGUGUGUGUUCUGCGCAUUUCGUUGAUGGAAAACGCACGGAGCAAAACCCGCUGCCGAUGCUGAACUUGGGUUACCAGCGAAAGGUCACUUAUGAUGCACAAGCUUCCACAUUGACCUCUCUUUUGGACAGUUUGGAAUAUGUUGGAGAUAGUGCCGAGACAAUUCUAGACAGCGCUUGUGCAUGUCAGGAAACAGAAGAGACUUCCCACAGUGAGCCUGCAGUGUUCACUGAUGCGUUUGAAAGUGAACCAGCUAUGACUAAACUUCAACAGGCUGCAGCACACAUGGAAACCACAUCAUUCAACAAUGUUUUGGGGAAUGUAGAUGCUCACUGCAAUGAAGAUACGUUUCCCAGCUCUGGCACAGUUUGUGAACCAGAUGUUUCCCUUCACAUUGGAAAUUCUCUAGUCAGAUGUGCAUUGGAUAAGGAACCAGAUGCUUUCACUUAUGGUGUAGCUAUUCCAGACAGCAGUGUUGCAGAAAACGAAGUUUGUGGGAGCUUAAUAUCAGAUCACGAAGUUGACAUUCACGUAAGCAAAACCGAGCACAUCAUGACAAGGAAAAAUACAAAGGUGAUGAAAGAUAGCUCCAAACAAUGGGAACUGCCACCAGCUGACCAUUCCUACACCAGCACAAGACUUUUUAUGAUCAUGAGAACUAUUUCCUCUCGAACACUGACCAGUGAUGACAUUCUUUUUUACACUGGCAUUUCUGUGGCUGCAUUUGACAAGCUCGUGUCAGCACUGAAGACUCAAGACAAGACAAUUCGCAAGCUCUUGACCAUCGAAGACCAGCUGUUAUUGACACUCAUGAGGCUUAGAUUUGGCCUCCUUUCUGGAGAUUUAGCAAGAGGGUUCGAGGUCUCUGUAGCUUAUGUUUCUAAAACAUUUUUGAGAGUGCUGGACGACCUGGUGAAGAUCAUGCAAGAAGUUGUUGUGUGGCUUCCCCGCUCAAGGUUGCGGGCAAGCAUGCCUGAGAGUUUCAGAAACAGCGAGUACAGUCAUACAACAUGCAUAUUCGACUGCACUGAAGCACGAAUGCAAAGGCCACGGAAACGGAUGGCCAGAUCCCAGAGUUACAGCCAAUACAAGGGUGCAAACACGAUGAAAUUUCUUACCGUCAUAGCACCAAAUGGAUUUAUAAUGUUUGUGUCAGAUGUGUAUGGCAUAAGACAAAUACAUUGUAAAGACAUGUGGAGUGGAAGAGUACCUCCUUGCAGGUGAUGAGAUAAUGGCAGACUGUGGUUUCAAGCUUGACCCUUAUCUUGAGGCUCAAGGGAUUAAAAUGAACAGGCCUGCAUUUACAAAAGGAAAGGAUCAGCUACCUGAAAGUGAAGUCACCGAAACUAGGCGCAUCGCAUCGCUACGAAUUCAUGUUGAGCGGGCAAUCAAUCGAAUCAAGACGUACAGAAUUUUCAAGCAAGUACUGCCCAUCAAGUCAAGAAAGUAUGUCAGCAAAAUUGUCCUUGUUUGUGCAGAACUCUGUAACCUUAAACGCCCGCUCAUCAACGAACAGACAAAAGCAUAAAUGUCCCGUAUGUACUUUAAUUUAGCUUUAAGCACUCUGAGAAGUGAGUAGGGUAAACUUAUCUAAUGUCGUUUUAAAGCGAAAGCUUUAUUGGCCUCAACUUGCAACCUGGACUUGCAAUCAAGAUUAACCAAGGCUAACCAUGCUAUGCCUUAGCUUUCGCUACGUAUAUCCUGGCAUAGCCGAGCUAAGCCACUGCCAAUUUUUUUGUAACCUCACUGGUUUCGUACCUGUGAAGCUUAUGGAAGUGAUUUGAAGCCAAGGUGUUAAAAUGUGGUUGAAUGUUUUUUUUUAUUUAUUCAAUAUGCUUGAAUGGAUCCAAUGAAGCAGACAUUAUGAACAAAUAAAAUUUCACUUGCUCAUCACAAA